AUGAAGAACUGUGAUAUCGCGUUGCCUGUGCUGCUACUGUUACUGAUGGUGAGGAGUGGUCACGGUGAUCUGAUCUCCCAGAGCAACAACAGCUCCUACGUCAAGCAAUUGUUGCGACUGGCCAAAUCCGCCGAGAUGCGCAGCUAUAUGCAGCCGAACGUCGAGGCCUGCGAUAACUUCUACGAAUACAGUUGCGGAAAUUGGGCCCAGAUCAAUCCUGCCCUCGGUGUCCCUCCCCGGGAGACCAAUGUGGAGCAGCUGUGGGCCAAGACAUAUCGCCACAAUCAGAGGCGUUUAAUAGAGCAGCCGGCGGAUGAGAAAGCGGAUGAGGUGACCGUGCUUCGACUUAAAGAAUUCUAUACCAGUUGCUUGCUGUUCCGAGAAACACCAGAGGAUCUCUACCGCCGCGGGCUGAAGGAAAUAGCAACGGAAUUCGGAGGCAUGCCUGUCUUGAGCCUUCCGGGUCAGGAGUGGCAAGCCGAGGAGUUCGAUUGGCAGGAAACCGUGGCCCGGAUCAAGCGAAAGUAUGGCAUUGACAUCCUUACGCUUUUCCAUCUUUCUGGAAAGCACAUCUACGUGGGUAAGCCAAAGCAAAUUGUUCCGGAGGCCAUGAUACAGGCAGUGGCGGAUGCUACAGCCGAUCUUCUGAAGCGUCAUUUGGGCGUGGAAUCGAAGUUGGCCAAGACAGCGGCGAAGGAAAUCACAGAUUUGGAGAACGAGAUAACCAUUCUUGACACGAAUUACUUUGAUACCUACAACCCCACCCAGUUUGGGGCUUCUGUUCACUAUCGGAAAUCGGAAGCUUACGAGAUUCUCUUAGCGGAGGUAGAGGAAUAUCUAGAUGACUUCGACUACCUGGCAUCAAAAACCCCUCCGCAUGUCAUGGCCAACUACAUAUUCAAUGAACUCUUAAAACACUUCUACUACGAGCGGUCGGGAUCCCCUGAGGAGCAGUGUGCCAGCCGGGUCAGCGAGGUAUUUCCCGAGCUCCUCGAAAACAUGGCCUUCAAGCAUUAUGAAGAUGCAGCUACCCUUAGUGAAAUCGAAAACCUCUGGCAGCAGAUAAAUCAGAGCUUUCGCGGCAUGCUGCAAAACUCUUCAGCCGAAUGGUUUAUCCCAGAGACAAGAGAAAAAAUACUGGAUCAGCUGAAUAACACCAGUCUGCUGAUUAAUGGAUACGCCGAUGUUAACUUCACCCAGCGGUAUGAGGGACUGCAGCUGAAGCCAAAGGAUUUUCUACACAAUCUGAGGACCAUACUUACCUAUCAGAGAGUGAAGGCACCGACAUCUGUAACCUAUGAUCCUGUGGGAAAAAGAGUCUUGCUGCCGGUUGCCCUACUCCAGCCGAACUUCUUUUGGUCCCAAUUCUAUCCGAAAGCUGUUCUUUAUGGCAGCCUCGGCACCUUACUGGCCCAACAAUUGGCACACAGCCUGGAAGAUGCCUCCAAGUGGGAUGACAAAUCAUUGGUUGAGAUUGCCAGGCGAGAGGAGUGCUUCAAGAAGCAAUACGGAAGGCUGCGGCUCAAUGGACAAUAUUGGCCGGAGAGCGAUCAGCAGGCGGAGAACAUAGCCGACAAUCUGGGCAUCCAGGUUUCCUACCACGCCUACAGAAGGUUCCUGGGGAUGGCCUUAUCUGUCCGGAACUCGGAGGCACUGCCACAACUUAACGUCACCUCCCGGCGGCUGUUCUUUCUCAGUUUCAGCCAGUUGUUGUGCCAUGAUGCCAACUUGGAGUUCCGGAACCAGCAACUCAAGUCUCAACUGCAAACUCCGAAUGCCCUCCGGGUGCUGGGAGCACUGUCCAACUUCGAGGCAUUUGGACGCGACUUUAACUGCGGAACCGGAAGCGAGAUGACCACUCCACAAAAGUGUCAACUCUUUUCGGUAAACCUGGAUUAG